CGACAUUCUGCUUUCAACAUUUCGAAUUCGUCCGUUAGUUUWCUCGAUAGUUUCAACAUUUUUUCCGUGACAAAAUGUUAUACAAACAGUGUUAAAUCUUUAUUUUAUAUAAGCUAUAAUUUUACUAAUAUAUUUUAGAAUUAUUUUUCAAAAUGAGUGAUCAAGUAUUACCAAUUAAACCUGUCAAUAAAAAUAAAAAAGGCAAAGUGAUUCGAACUAAACAAAAAAAAUUAGUUAUAAAUCUGUAUAAAACAAAGAAGGCAGAUAAACCUAACAUAUUAUACAAACAGUUAGUAAAAGAAUUAAUGACUGAAUCUGGAAUAGGAAGAAAUAGUAUUGAAAAAAUGAUUUCAGAAUACAAUACAAAUAAAACCAUUUCUUCUCCGAUUAUGAAGAAAAAUAGACCCAAAAUUAUUGAAGUGAUUGAUGAUUAUUAUAAGAAUGCCAUUCGUCAAAAAGUGCAUUUAUUCUGGCAAAACCGGGACCCACCAACAUUGGAUAAAAUCGUGAAUUCUGUCUCCGAAGAUGACAGUUUACCCACAUUGAAACGGACAACCAUGUACAAUCUUCUUAAAGACUUAAACUUUAUGUAUACGAAAAGGAAUCGAAAUAGUGUUUUAUCCGAGAGAGAAGAUUUAAUUGUAUGGCGUCGAAAUUAUUUACGAAGUAUAAAAGCAUACAGAGAAGAAGGACGGACAUUAUAUUAUUUAGACGAGGCAUGGUGUAAUGACUGUUUACAAAAUGCGUGUACAGAAAAUUCCAUAAAAUCAAAUAAAAAUWCGUUUCAAAAAGAAUUAACAAUAGGUGCUAGAAACCCAACUGAAAAAAGUAAAUAUUUCAUUAUCAUCGUACACAUUGGCUCGCGAGAAGGAUUUGUUGAUGGCGGUCUAACUUGUUUCAAAUCCAAGACGAAUAGCAGUGACUUCGACAGUGAAUUGAACGGUGAACAUUUUAUAAAAUGGUUUAUUAAUAUCUUGCCUCUAUUAAACGACAAUGCAGUUAUAAUAAUGGAUAAUGCACCUUACCAUUCCGUCAAGGCGGAACAAAUUCCAGUGUCAUCGUGGAAAAAGGCGAAUAUCAUUAAGUGGCUUCAAGAGAAAAAUGUUCACGUUGAUGAUUCGUAUGUCAAAGCAGAGCUAUUGGAUUUAGUCCAAAAACAUAAGUCGGCGUUCGAUAAAUAUGUUGUCGACGAAAUCGCCAAGGCAGCUAAUAAAGUUGUCUUACGACUUCCGCCGUACCAUUGUGAAUUGAACCCCAUCGAACAAGCAUGGUCAAUGGUUAAAGGAUACGUAAAAGAUAAAAAUACCRCUUCGAAAUUCGACGAUGUGAGACARUUGCUGAUCGAAGGUGUUGAAUCGGUCACGGCGGAAGAUUGGCGACAUUUCGAAGACAAUACGAUCAAAGAGGAAAGUAAAUUCUGGGAAAUAGACAAYAUAGUUGACGACUUCAUAGACGAUGAGUAUAAUUGUACAUUUAGUGUCGGAUCAUCGAGUGACAGUGACGAUAAUAUGUAAUGUUUUUUUUUGUAAUUUAUAUAACUUUAAGUAUUGACUAGUAUAUUACUCACAUUUUUAAUUAMUU